AUGCAGACGAGAACUGUUCAAGUGAGGAAUGUUUCAGAUCUAGCGACGGAGAGGGAGAUUCACGAGUUUUUCUCCUUUUCAGGCGACAUAGAGUACAUUGAGCUUUUUAAAGAAGCUGAACAUUUAAGAAUCGCAUUUGUUACGUUUACUGAUCCAAAAGCCCUUGAAAUCGCUCUCUUAUUAUCGGGUGCCACAAUUGUAGAUCAGAUUGUUACUAUAACUCCGGCUGAAAACUAUGUUCCUAAGCGUGAUACACAGGAAGUAAGAAUGAAUUCUGAUGGGAAUGGUAGAGGAGGAGCAUAUGUUAACAAAGCGCAAGAUGUGGUGGGUACGGUUUUGGCGAAAGGAUCUGCUUUAGGACAAGAUGCAGUGAAUAAAGCCAGACGAGUUGCACCAAUUCAGAGCCAAUGCAAGCUUCAGGUUUCAGAUGAAACCAUGGCAGCAAUAUUUGCAGCCAAGAAGAAGUUAAACGACACUGGUUCAGCUGUCAAAUCAAGCAGGUACGUGACUGCUGGAGCUGCUUGGUUUAGUGGCGCUGUCAGCAAAGUGGCGAGAGUAGGUCAGAUUGCUGGCUCAAAAACCAAAGAAAAGUUCAAUCUAGCCGUCUCAGAUAUUACUUCCAAGGAUACACCGAUUGCUGUAUAA